AUUGAACUGGGCUUUGAAUUUCGAAAGUUGUACUCGGUCCUGUUCUUCAAAUGCAAAAGACAAAAAUUUAAUUUGAUGUGGGACCUGGUUUUGAAUUCGGCUGUCGUUCUUUCUUCCUUUAUGGAAAUUUCGACCUUGACUGGUUUCUAUUUUCCCAUCCACCGUGGACUGGCAUUUAUACUAUCAUCUGCUUGAUCCAUGGAGAUACCUCUUCUGUUUUCCCUUAAUAGAGUCUCAAGGUUCUACGUUUUACUAUCGCCGUUGCCAGUGAGUGAGAAGGGUUGUGAGCAUUUCCAUGGGAAAUUGCUGCUGGCGACCUGUAAGACUUUCGCAUGCUUCUACUUCUGUGCCUUCCUCAGAGGCUGAAAAUCCUCCAAGCAGAACCUUGUAUUCGACUCCUUCCAGUCAGGAAACAUCAUCUGCCAGUUUGGGCUUAAAAUCUCUCACAACUUCUUCUAGUGAUGCAUUAGUCUCUGUCAGUGUCAAGUCUUUUAGCUUCAAUGAUCUCAAGAGCGCCACAAAGAACUUCCGCCCAGAAAGUCUUCUGGGUGAAGGAGGAUUUGGAUGCGUCUUCAAAGGAUGGAUUGAUGAAAAUACUCUCACUCCCACCAAACCAGGCACUGGGAUUGUUGUGGCCAUCAAAAAACUCAAGAUGGAAAGCUACCAAGGCCACAAGGAAUGGCUUGCAGAGGUUAACUACUUGGGUCAACUUCACCAUGAGAAUCUGGUGAAACUUAUUGGAUACUGUUCAGAGUCUGAGAAUAGACUCUUAGUUUAUCAGUAUAUGGCGAGAGGAAGUUUGGAAAAUCAUUUGUUUAGAAAAAGUAUUCAACCACUACCAUGGCUUAAACGUAUGAGCAUUGCCAUUGGUGUUGCUCGGGGACUGUCUUUCUUACAUAAUUUAGAGACCCAUGUAAUUUACCGUGAUUUAAAAGCUUCCAACAUUCUGCUUGACUCGGACUUCAAUGCAAAACUUUCAGAUUUUGGCCUGGCAAGGGAUGGUCCUACUGGAGAUAGAACACAUGUUUCAACUCGAGUGGUGGGAACUCGUGGUUAUGCUGCUCCGGAAUAUGUGGCAACAGGUCACUUAACCAUAAAGAGUGAUGUGUACAGCUAUGGAGUUGUCUUGUUGGAGUUGUUAUCUGGAAGACAGGCCCUCGCUGAAGAGACAGGUAUUGUUGAAGAGAGUCUUGUAGAUUGGGCAAAACCAUUCCUAAGUGACAACAGGAGAAUGCUAAGAAUCAUGGACACAAGGUUGGGUGGUCAAUAUCCCAAGAAAGGAGCCCAGGGGCUUGCUGCACUUGCUCUCCAGUGCCUCCAUUCUGACCCCAAGAACAGACCUUAUAUGAGAGAUGUCGUUGAUACAUUGGAGCUACUCCAGACAUCGAAGGAUGUUAAAAGGAUCCCAUCUCCUAAGCUUAAUCGUCGUGGAAUCAAGAAUUCAAGUCAUACUCACAAGACAACAGCAAAUUGCUAAAUCUAUAUGACCUAUACUCUCUGAUGCCAAGCGAUGCAGGCUUUGAAAGCCUGCUGGAAUAGUGUCACAUCAAGCACUAGUGAUUUCACUGUGUAAUUAAUUCAAAUGGCUAGUGUCUUUGAGUAUGAAGCUUAUUUAUAACAUAUGUAAUGAUUCAUCAGUCGUAGUGUUAGACAAUUAAGUUUGGUUUACAGUUCAACAAUUCUUAUUUGUUAUC